UUUGCAUUGAACUUUUUAUUCAGGCAUGCGAUUCAAAUGGCCUUGAUCUUUCAUGGUUUCAUGGAUGUUAACUUCACCUCAGAAACUGUGAUGGAAGAAAAAGCUCUUGUGAGAUUCUACUAUGGAUAUUUGUUUCUACAAAUCCCAUUUGGGAGAUUGGCUGAAAUGUUUGGAGGAAAAACUUUAAUUGUGUACGACAGUCCACUUACACAUCCAAGUAUCACAAGAAAAGAAAGAAACUACAUUGUUCUAAAGAAGGAAAGCCAAGGAACAAUAUACAAGAGUAUUGGUUGUCCAUGGUUUGAAAUAGGGUUCGACCCAAUGUUUGGGUUAUAUUUACUAACAUACAUGUUUUGGAUUGGAGCUAUAUUCCUUACAACCCGAUGUUCAACAUAUUUGAGCGAAGCGUUCCAAUUGAAUCCUUUGAAAGAUCCAUUCUUAAUGAUAACACCUUUCUUUUUAAGUUUUACCGUUGCAUUUCUGUCAGGAUUCCUAUUUGACUUUUUGUAUGACCUUGGAGUGCCGCUAACAGUGCUACAAAAAAUGUUUACUGCAAUUGCAACAUUUUUACCAGCAAUGGCAUUAGUUGGAUUCAUAUCAUGCCAGAGCAGCAUGAGCUGUACACUUUUCUUCUACAUGAUUGGAAUCAUAUUUCUACCGUUAGCAGUCGGAGGAUAUUACACAACUUUCUUGGACAAAUCACCAAACUAUGCAGCCACUCUUACUGCAAUCUCUGCCACAUUGGCAAAUAUUGGUUUAGUGGUAAUUUCUGGAGUCAUGAAAAACUUAGAUAUAGGUCUUAAUAGACAGCAGCAAUGGGAGAAUAGGCACUCUCUCAUUAGUGCUCUGCUAUUUACUGCUGGGACAAUCUUUGCUCUAUUUGGAAACAAUAAAGAAGCGGACUGGAAUACUCCUUACGAAUAUGAAGCUGUUUAGUGUAUUUAAAAAAAAUAUGAAACCAACAAAGUUACAGUGAAUAAAGAAUGCAUGAAAAUUUAGCUAAAAGUAUGUGAUAUCAAAUAAUUUUUUAUAUUUUCAUAUUGCUUACAAUACUCGAAACAAAAUCUAGUGCAUUUAGCUGUACAAAAUUUGAAUGGAUCAAAUAAUGUAAAUUGUCUAUUAAUAGCACAAAUUGCAUUGUUUCGAGCUCUUACUGUAGUUCUCGGC